AUGGCGGAAGGAGAACUAAGCCCUGCUGCCCAGACGGAGCUGCAAGGAACCACCUUUGGCCCCGACCCGGCUUUACGCAUCGAUGCAUACACCUUAAAGGUGUGCAUCGAGCGACUCUCCGAGCAAUGGGGGGAAGUGCGGAUCACUGAACCCUUUUCGAAAAACAGGGCUUUCCCACUAUUCUACCCAAAAGGGGGGGGGGGGGGGGGAAGCCAGCAAGUACAUCUCUGA